AUGUCCUCCCCGCUUAGUCGUCGGGAGGAGACGGCCGAGGGGGAGGAGAGAAGAGCGAGGAUGGGGGAGACGAUGGAGGGGAUAGCGUCGAUAGCUCUGCUGCCAUGCGGUUCCGUCUCCGGGCACUUCAUCAAGCUCCCGGAGUCCUCGUGCUAUGGCCUCCACGGCACCGGUAUUUCUUCUGGUUCCGUGAUUCAUGGUUGUUCAUCUGCUCUGUCUAUUUGGUUCGCGCGUAGGGCCUUGACGGAAAUAAAUUUUCAUUUCACUUGAUGUAUAUUCACUUUCUAUAUCGAUGAUCUGUCCCCGCCGGACUUCCACGGCGAUUGUUUUCUUUACGUUCUAGCCGCUUUAGAACGCGUUUUUCUGCCUUCAUCGAUGUUAUGUGUUUGGUUUUUUUUUUUUUUUGUCACCACGCGCUGGUCUCUCAGGGUGGCCGAGUUCAUCUGCUUGAUGUAUUUCUUCCUCCUUGGACAUGGGAGAGUAGAUGGUUUACUUCUCUAGGCGUCAACUACACCCUAUAUUUAUUUUUUACCAUGAUCUAUGUUGUCUAUUGACGAUUUCGUGGUUGACAUCUAAUUUUUUUUCCUUACUAUUUUAAAUAAUCGCGGAUUUUUUUAUCUUAGAAGCGACUCAUAACUUUGCCAUUAUCUUCCUAAAGUUGACUAAAUACGAUCUGAGAUGUAAGACUUUGGCAAAUUUUUGUAACUUAUGGCUCUGAUUUUCGGGCCUCCACAGGUUUUUUUUCUUGCUUUAAAUUAUGUUUAUUGCUCGUCCCAGACAACUAGUUGUGAAGUAAAGAAUAUUCUUCGUUUAUGGAUUGAACUCCUGUAACAGAGGAAAACUCUAAAUGCUCCCUUAAACACAAAUGGAAGAGCUUAAAUAAAGGUAAGGGUUAUGUGACCUAUAUCUUCUACAAGGAAGUUAUUAAUUGGACCAUACUUUCCAAUGUGGAUGAUUUACAUCUUCAAAGAAAAAGUAUAUUAUUGGUCGGCUCAAAGUGUACCAUUCUAGCUCUCGCUUAUUGAAUUUUAUCUUCACUCGCUGGAUCCAUGUCCUGGAAUAUAUCAUACCGGCGCAACAAUUGGAGUGGUCACCAUUUUAUCUCGUUGAUCAUCUUCAUAUAUCACUACCUGCAUGUCUAUCUGUGUUAGCUACUUAUCUGGAGCAAUGGCAUUAUUGUUCUGCCACCUUUGAGCUUUCUAUGUAUCCCAUUUACCCUGUGGUAUUUUACUGGGCUCUUGUCUAGCUGUCAUUGUUUCCUGUCCUGGCUGACUACCAGGAAGCGAAUACAAUUUUUACUUGGAUACCUAUGUUCAUGUAUCAGAAGUUAUCCUAAUAUUUGCCUUGUAUCAAAAGAAAGAGAUUGCAAUCAGGUCAUCUUUCUUGUUGACCUCUCUCUCUCAUCGGCAAUGUUGUCAGAUAUGGCUUCAUGUUGUUGUACUUACUUUGAAACCAGCUGAUUUCCUUAUGCGGAUGAUUUUCAGUGUGAUUUAAACAAGAUACUGUGAAUCAGUUUUGUAUCCUAGGAAUCUGUUUUUUUGGGCAUCUGGGUCAUGAAAAUGAUUGCACCUUAUUUUUAUGGUACAGAAUUAGCGUGUGAAAGGGAAUGCAGUAGAGGUGAAGAUUACCGCUUGAUCAAGUUAACCAUAUCUGAUUACUCUGUAAGAUACAUGAGUUCCAUUCAUCAUAUCUUAUUUAUUUCGUCAUUCUCAGUCUCCCUGUUCUUAUUCCAAAUAAGCUCCUGAAAUGUAGAGCAACAAAGAAGAGGUCGUCGUUGUGGAGUGCAGAGGGCAUGACGCUGCUAGAUUCCGUAGCAUUGAUAAUGCCAAUGGGUAUGUCCUUUUUUAAAAAAUUGAUGUUGAGAGAUAUAAUAAAUUGGGGAUGUAGCUCAGAUGGUAGAGCGCUCGCUUAGCAUGCGAGAGGUACGGGGAUCGAUACCCCGCAUCUCCAUUUCUCAUCGGGAUUUUUUUAGAUUGAUAUUAAGACCUAAUGCAGGUAGCAUAUUUUGUGAGAGGGUGUAUGAUAGUUAGUAUCUCCAACCAGGUAGUAUGGACGAGAAGCCACUGAAAGAGGCCGUUCCUCUGUUCUUGCUCAUCAUCAAAGUGAGCUGCACAAAAACAUUAUUUAGAGAAUCAGAAAACCCUCGCAUUAGCCGACAUUUGGGCCUCUUUUCGUCUAUAAAAUGGGCUCUUUCUACAAUCCUAACCCCGACCAGAACCAGGGAUGGAGUUUAUCACACAUGGAUCAUAUUCAGGGUUCUGAACAAGAUUUACUUCAGUCAAUCGUUCUCUGUGUUGGAUACGAUUGUUGUCUGGCUACCAUGCCAAGGUCUAUGCCUGAUCUACGUCAGCUUCCUCUGCACUGACGCAGGUGGGGAGAGGACGUCGCGGAGAUGGUCGAACAGAAGCAUGGGAAGCAGAAGAUCUCAGUUUCUUUUGAGUGCGAGACCUUGAAGGCGGAGAGUGCGGCUGAAGAACACGUCAGGAGGUUCAUGCCCAAAAUAUCCGGACUCGACGCCGUUGGUAGGUCAACCAGUCAGCGUUGAUUCUUAUUUGCCUUGUUUUAAUCGGUAAUCUCUUUUGUGUUAAGGAGAAGAAACUGGAAGUCAAACCUCUUCAAAACCCUCCAUUAUCACAUCUGAGUUCAUCAUCGGAUAUUCUGGAUAUGUGCUGAAUAAGCAAAGGAAACUUUAUUCGUGAUAAAUUUUCCAAAGUUUCCAGGCUCUCAUUGUUCUAGUGAAAAUGCAGUGAAUGUGGGUCGCAUGAGCAUUUCUGGCCUCAGUUUUCAGGUGGACCAACCAUAUGAAGAGCAGAGCUCACAGCGCAGGUAUUAUCAUCUGCCCUACGCCCCCAUUUAA